AUGGCCGAAUCCUCUUCCUCAAGCCUGAAAGAAAACAGGUCACGGCGCUCCUGGACAAUUUCAGCUGAAUCAAGCGCCAUGGAGAGCAACGGUCGAUCAUCCCCCGAGUCUACCGAACGACCGAAAACCCAGGGAGGAGAAGUAGAUUCCAGGGCUGGUCCCAGUGGAUUCUCCAAGCUCCUGGAGGCGCGUCGGAGGCGCAAGAAGAACAAGAAGAACCAGAAAAGUGACGAACCUCCCGUGCCAAGCGUGGUCCUGGACCAAGGCCUUCAAGAAAGCAGAUCCAACGAGUCGCGGGAUGGAAUCUCGGCAGCCACGUCGUCCGGCGCGGGGAGCUCUGGGCAACCGGAGGGUGAGGUCAUAAACUUAUUAACGGAUGAUUCGGAGCCCGACAGAACCCCACCGCUUACGUCGCAUAACUCCCAUACCGGAUUCUAUACCACCUCCUCACCAUUGAUCAAAACGACCUCGGUCGACGCCCAGAUGGGGGAAACGCACGCUGAUACCGAGUCAGCAGCCAGCGGUCCGAGUUACACUGGAUCCGAGUCGAACCCGAGUGAACGGAAAUCUAGGCGUCCAACUCAAUCGAGCUUGGCAUUGGAUGUACCCGAGGAUUCAUCGAGCAGGAAACGCAGUGCGUCCCCUGGACGACGCUUCAAGGACGCAUUUACCUCCGAGAAAAAGGCCCCAAGUGAGGACACGGAGACAGCAUCCACCAAGUCCGGGUCGAACAAGAGCCGCAGUCUGUUCGGAGGCAACCGACGGAGUAGUCUAUCCUCCAAGCGAGCUCAGGCCGCUACUGAGGAAGCCCCCCCUCUGCCAGCACCGAUCCGUACCGAUCUGAUGGAUAAUAAACCUCGUUCGCUCGAAGCGAGCCCCAUGCCGAACACCCCACCCCAUACCGCCAUUCCUGCUCCAGCAACCACCGUCACACCUCCUACCCCCACAGAGUUCAACGCGUUGAACCCCCAAUUUGUCUCCAACGAUGUGACCGACUCACCGGAGUCUUUGCAAUCGAGAAAUUCCAUAUCUGACGGAGUGGCCGGAGUGACCACCGUCAGCCCCUCAGGGAACAUGAUCUCCCACCGGCGGGUACGGUCGGCCUCUGCAGCUCACGGUCCCAGCAAGCUGUCAAAUUCCGUUUCGGCAUUAACGCCCCUGGAGGAAAAGGGCAGUGGAACGAAAAACUCGAAUUCUAACCAACAAAAUGGCUUCUUCUCGUCGGUAUUCUCUGUGGCCCAAAACGCGGCCUCCUCCUUAAGCAACAGCCUCAAUGCUCAGCAAAAGAACCGCCCCACAUCUCAACCCAUUGCUGCCGAGGCUGAUAAAUCCGCUUCUGACUCCGCCGAAGACAUCGAACAAUCAUCGGAACAAGGCAGUAAGAGCGAAGAGGGCAGGCGAUCUGCAGUGGAAACUCUAGGAGCCGGUGAUUUGAAUUUCAGUCAUUUGGACAUGGACGUACGGCCCGGGGAGUCAAUCACCACUGCCGAUGGCGUCGUCAUCACCAAGCCAGGAAGCCCAAUCGACAAGCGCAGAAAUACGAAUGUCUCUCGCCGAGACCAGGAAGCUGCUCAGCUUGAAGACAAGCGCGCUGCGCGCGCUGUGCAGGCAGCAUAUGAAAGGCCCGACAAGUCAGCGAGACCCUCAGAACUAUCUCUAAUUGGCGCUCCUGCGGAUGACGUUUUGGAGAUUCAAUCUACUACUUCUCUUCCCAAAGAUGGCCCAAUUCUGGGCGAUCAAACCCCGCCAACUGGGAGUGUCAUUGAUGGCGACCUGAGUGGAGGCAUUAAUCGUAGUGGCAGCGUGCGUAGCAGACUUGCACGGCGUCACCGAGGCUCUUCUGGGGCCACAAACUCAACCAUCGGCGCGAUUGGCAUCAAUGCCAUUGGCCUCGGUGCUCCUGGCGUCAACGCCAGCGCCCCUCGACUGACUGGUUUCGCUGUCGCAAGCAAAAAGCGCAACAGAGACUUCCACCAGCUUUUCCGGAGUGUGCCCGAGGAUGAUUAUCUUAUUGAAGAUUACAGCUGUGCUCUGCAACGUGAGAUCAUUCUUGCUGGCCGGAUUUACAUCUCAGAGGGACAUGUCUGUUUCUCAAGUAACAUUCUCGGAUGGGUUACAACUCUUGUCAUCAGCUUCGAUGAAGUUGUUGCCGUUGAAAAGGAAAACACUGCUAUGGUGUUCCCCAACGCCAUUGCCAUCCAAACUCUCCAUGCUCGUCAUACCUUCCGAAGUCUGCUAAGUCGUGAGUCUACUUACGACCUCAUGGUCAACAUUUGGAAAAUCAAUCACCCCACCAUCAAAAGUUCGGUCAAUGGUACCCGCGUCGCCGAAGGAACGGGUGAUAAGACGGAGAAGCUGGGCGAUGGAGAGGAGGAGAGCGAAUCAGAGAGCGACCCAUCUGAUGAAGAUGAGAUCUACGAUGAAGACGAGGAAGAGGACCAUGCCGAUAGCCUCUUCGAGGGCCACGCUAGCGCCAAUGCGAGCUCAACAUCCUUGCCAGUGCGAGCAGGCUUAAGUCGCAAGGCAUCGAGUCUCUCUGCAAACGCAGCAACACCCGCCGCCGGUACAAAUGGCAACAGCGAGAAGAAGACCGGCGAAAAGGGUGCCUCUAAAGAUGCACCCCCUGACUUCCCUGGUCCUGUCACUCAUGCUCCGACUGAAUACGUGGACCCCAAUGGUCAAUACGAAAAGGUUAUCAAGGAUGAGGUCAUUUCAGCGCCCCUUGGAAAGGUCUAUUCCCUUGUCUUUGGACCAGCCUCCAGCGAUUUCAUGACAAAAUUCCUGGUCGACAACCAAAAGUCUGGCGAGCUACAGUUCGAGGGAACAGCCAAGGGUCUGACAACGGAAAGCCCGACGAGAAACUACUCGUAUAUCAAACCUCUCUACGGCUCAAUUGGUCCCAAGCAGACUAAAUGUAUCAGUACCGAGCACUUGGACUUCUUGGACCUCGAAAAGGCCGUUUUGGUCACACUGAGCACGCAAACACCAGAUGUACCCAGUGGAAACGUGUUUUCCUGUAAGACAAAGUAUCUUUUCACCUGGGCUCCUAACAACCAAACCCGAUUCCUCAUGACAUGUACCAUUGAGUGGACAGGAAAGAGUUGGUUGAAGGGCCCAAUUGAGAAAGGUGCGAUUGACGGACAAGGGACAUUCGGUAACGAGCUCGUCAAAGCCCUCCAGGCAGGCGUCGUUCCUCGUGGGCGUGCCACCGGCGGCAAGGGCAAAGGUCGACGCAAGAAGGGUGAUCCCGCAGGACGGGAAUCUACCGCUGCAGCGUCAUUGAAGGUGGCCACUGACUCCAACACUGGGAAGGGGGAAUCAUGGGGCUUAUUCGAACCUGUUCGCCCUAUCCUGGAACCCUUUACCAGCAUCCUCAGCCCGCUGUGGAGUGGAAACGUCGCGGUCGUCCUGAUUCUCAUCCUCCUAUACAUGGCUUUCUUCCGAUCCCCAUCCUCUUCAUCUCUUGCCCACCAAGGUGGCUGUGCCGGCCACGGUCUACCACAGAGACUGGCCGCAUACGAGGAAAUGUGGCGACGCGAAGAAACAGAGCUAUGGAACUGGCUCGAGGAUCGCGUCGGCAUGGACGGAAUGGUUUUCCCAAAUGCCUAUCGCGCCCCAGAACCCCACCCCAGCCGAAGAUCAUCAGGCAGCGCAACCAACGAGCGUGAACUUGCUUCUCGACUCCGUGACGAAAAAGUCUCAGAUCGCGAAAUGGACCAUGCAAUCCGUACCACUCGUCAACGCCUCGAUGUCCUCGAAGAGAUGAUGAGCAAACGCAAGGUCCAGUGGGAUGAUGACCCCAAAUCCGAACUAUAA